AUGCUUUUACGACACCUAAAGACAUUUAGGUCAUUAAGGCUAAAAACUAAUAGGUACCAUAACAACAGUGUUCCGAUUUUUACAGUCCAGCAACUAACAAAAUUAAAACGAUACGUGAAAAAUAAAAGUUAUUUUCAGCCGGCAGGGCCGCUGAUCAACAAGGAAGCCAACGCAGACGCAGAGCGAGCCUUGGCGAGGUACCACCCACAGCCCCACUACCAUGCGCCACAUCCACCCGUAUUGCCACAAUACGGGCCCGCAUAUUACCCGGACCUCUGCUAUGGUCGUUACUACAGCAGACCACCGGGAACUUAUCACAUGCCACCACCACAACCAGAUGGACAGAUGGUGAGUGUCGGUAGCGAGCCGUAUCCACCACAAUACUAUGGUUCACCACCUUGCUAUCAACAUCCUCCACAGAGGAUACCAUAUGUUGAAUACCGAGGAUGCCCAUGCCCUUUAAACACGUGUCCAAAAAACGUCCUUAUUGGGCCCGCUACUGGUAAAGCCCCAACCGGUAGCGGCCCCGCAGACGUACCCAUGGCCAUUGCACCGCCCGGGGGCGCCUUCAGAACGAAGGUGCGGGCGUGUGCACUUGACGCUGUCGCCGACACUCAUGGCAGCGGCAAGGAUCCACCGUUAGAGUCAGAGCCGCCAGCAGCGGCAGACGCUCCACAUCCUUGUGCUAUGCCAGCCAUCGGUGGUGUUUCACCGAAACGAGAGCUUUAUGACGUCAGAGAUAAAAUCCUCAUUGCUAACGAUAUUCCUGGACCAGCGGAAGCUUUAGGCCCACCAUCGCCAGCUCGUGGCUCUGCUGGAGCCUGUGCACCACAACCUCCACCCAUAGCACCACGUCGAGCCCGCCUCGGCAAAGCAAUGGCCAGGCGAUCCCUAGCAGGCGAUGAUACAGGAUUACUUCUAUCUGUGCCUCAACCUUCAUUAGCACAUCAUAGCGAUGCUGAUGAUGAUGUUCUCGCCGUAUCUCCACCUACCUCCGCGCCUAUAGAUUUAUCGUCAUCAGAUGAGCGAUCGACACCACUAGUGGAUGUGAAAAAGGAAAACGAAGGUCCAACGUAUGCUGCGGCAAGAAAACCAGACGCACAAGCACUCCGAGAACAUAAUAGUAGCACAGUACUGGAUGGAAAUAUAGUGACAGAUACAAAUAAAGCUGUUAAACGGAGAUAUUCACGACCAAAGCUAGAGAUAGAUAUGAAAGACACUCAACUUGAAGACGGCUGCAAAACAAAUGGAAUCGGAGAGCACGUUAAACUUCAAAAGCGUAGAAAAGUAUCGAGUGACCAGACGGAUAUUGCAAAGGCUGAAACUGUCACGAAAGAACCCAAAAAGAAACAAUUACAAACUAAAAGAGCACCAAAAACACCCCAAUCGGAAAAGAAAUCCACGAAAAGAAAGUCAGAGAGUAGUGUUUCAAAUACUAAGCCAAAGAAGAUACUACUUGACAAUCCUAUUGACGGGGAUGUUCGGCUGAAGAACAUUGUAGCCGUAACUGAAGAACCCUUAACAACCAAACCUAAGAAUAAAAGUGCAUUACUCCUCGAUAAUCUAAUAAGGAAAAAUAGUAUUGAUCGGCCAGACGCAAAGGCUUUCUCCGAUGCCGAACUGAAUCCUGCUGAAUUAUUCCUUUCUCCUAAUGAAAAUAUCGCGCAGAAUUGUGCCAAGAAAACCAAUAUAAAUAAUAAUAUCGUAGAAAGUACGACUAGUGUUAAUGGUGUUCAUGCCAAUACAAUAGCAGCCGUGAGUCAACUGAUAGGAAAAAAAUUGGCGUACAAAAACGCUUGCAAAUUAGAAAAAGUCGAUUCAAAAGUAACUCACGGAAUAAAAUCCGUAUUAAAAACACCCAUCGCUAAACACUCUAGUUCAAAAGAGGACCGAAAAACAUUAACCAAGGCAGAACCUAUAGGUGACAACGCUAGGACAGCUGGUCUCACGACAGGAGAAAAGGAACUUGGUGACAAAAUAGAAAUUUCAAAAGACAAAGAAAACUCGCUCUCUCUAGACGCAAACCCUACAGAGAAUAUUGAGACAACAGUACAGGCCGAAGAAAAAUCUGGAGUCGUCGAUGUAGUAGAAAAUCCUGGGGACGAAAAGGUAAAAACAACGCGCGAACCGGAGAUAAUUGAAGUUCCAAAGGCAGAAAGGACGACAGUGAAGAGGUGCAAGUUGUCAAACGGAGAUUUGAAGGCGAAGAACGUGGAGAAGGUCGUGAAGUUGCUCGUGUCAAAGAGGCCGCCGAUCAAGACUGACGAGGCUACGCUGGUCGUGGAGGAGGCGUGCGCGCCGGCGCCGGCGGGCGGCGUCAUGAGGCGAGCGCGGCGCCGCGGGGCGCACGCGGCGCGGCGCGGCCGUCGCCUGCUCGCGCCGCCCGCGCCCCCCGCGCUCGAGCCGCACGCGCCCCCGCGCUGGAGCAACGGCUGGAACUGGGACGGCGAGCAUUACUUGUCCAAAGUCUACCUCAAUAACGACACGCGGCAGGACCGCGCGGCGCGGUGCUGGUCGCGCAUGACGCACGCCAGCGGCGACAGCGUGGCGCGCGGCGACUGCGUGCUGCUGCGCGCCUCGCUCGCGCGCGCACAGCCCUACGUCGCCAGGGUGGCCAGCCUCUGGGAGAACCCGGAUGAUGGAGAAAUGAUGGUAUCCUUAGUGUGGUACUACCGACCGGAGCACACGGAGCGGGGCCGUCAGCCGACCGACGCGCCCGACGAGGUGUUCGCGUCACGGCACAGGGACGCCAACUCCGUCGCGUGUAUCGAAGACAAAUGUUAUGUGCUCACCUUCAACGAGUAUUGUAGGUACCGCAAGCGGCUAAAAGCGCUAGAGGAAGGCGUGGCCAUAACACCGUCGAUCGUGCCGCCGAUGCCAGCCAGCGAGGUGAGCCCGGCUGUGGCGCCCAACGACUCCAAGUUACCGCCCUCGGUCUCCCCGGAGCUCGUCCUCUUCUGCCGCAAGAUCUACGACUUUAGAUCCAAGAAGAUUCAUGUCCCGAACAAAUGA